AUGGCUGUUGGAAAGAACAAGCGCUUGUCCAAGGGCAAGAAGGGCAUCAAGAAGAGAACCGUCGAUCCUUUCACCAGGAAGGAUGAGUACUCUGUGAAGGCUCCUUCGACCUUCCAGACCAGGGAUGUCGGAAAAACUCUUGUGAACCGCACCAGUGGUCUCAAGAAUGCGAACGACUCUCUGAAGGGACGGAUUUUCGAGGUCUCUCUCGCUGACCUGCAGAACGAUGAAGACCAUGCUUUCCGCAAGGUCAAGCUUCGUGUCGAUGAGAUCCAAGGAAAGAACUGCUUGACCAACUUCCACGGACUGGACUUUACGACCGACAAGCUGCGAUCCCUCGUCCGAAAGUGGCAGUCGCUUAUCGAGGCCAACGUGACGGUGAAGACGACUGACGAGUAUCUUCUUCGUCUGUUUGCGAUUGCUUUCACCAAGAGACGCCCCAACCAGAUCAAGAAGACCACAUAUGCUCGCUCGUCUCAGAUUCGCGCAAUUCGGAAGAAGAUGACCGAGAUCAUCCAGCGGGAGGCGACUAGCUGCUCCCUGGCGCAGCUGACCACGAAGCUGAUUCCCGAGGUUAUUGGACGCGAGAUUGAGAAGGCUACUCAGGGAAUUUAUCCCCUUCAAAAUGUCCACAUCCGCAAGGUCAAGCUUCUCAAGUCUCCCAAGUUUGAUCUCGGCGCCUUGCUCAACUUGCACGGAGAGUCUGCUACUGACGACAAGGGUCACAAGGUCGAGAGGGAGUUCAAGGAGCAGGUUCUUCAGACCGUUUAA